AUGGCAUAUAGCACCCUUUGUCCGACCUGUACACGUGCUCUGCACUUCGACCAGGCCAGUUGGGAGGAGGAAAGGCGCAAUAGCUCUAUGUGGCCUCUGCGACGGCACCACGACUCACUAGGGUCGUUUCGAAAAGCAGCCUCACAGAAUUGUUACAUUUGUUGCAGAGUAUGGGACAUGCUUAUAUCCGGCAAGGCGACUAGUGCCGAGCGUGAACCUACCUGGAAAGAGGGCUCGGAAACAGAUUGGGAUGGCAUGCAUUACGUUGUCCAGCACGAUCAUGAUUCACCGGCAAUUCUUCUCAUGAUUUGUUGCCCCGGCUCGAAACAGCACUCACAUUAUAUACCGUUUGAAUUAAUGCCAAGAAACGGUGAGUGGUGCUUUCUCUUUUUCAAGCCAGUCCACAUUGAAAGAAAACUAACUUCGGUGGAAGACAACUACUGGAUUCGGUAUGAUGCUCGGCCAUCAUUGUCAUCUUCAACCUCAUCUCCUUCCACACUUAGACUGAUCUCCAAAUGGAUCCAGUCAUGUCAAAAGGGUCACAAAUCGAGUAUCUGUACGAAGGAUGUUACGCCUUGGCAACCUACGCGUUUGCUAGACAUAGGUCGAUCCAAAGAUGAAACCUGCAGAAUUGUUUUGCGACCACAGAACAUUACUCAGACCCGCACAUAUAUCACACUGAGCUACAGAUGGGACGCAAAAAAACAACCUCGACUGUUGUCCUCAAAUAUUGAUGAACUACUUCGAGGCUGGGCAAUACGAACACUCCCAAAAACAUUCAGAGACACCAUAGUUGUCGCCCGUGCCCUUGGCGUAAGACACCUAUGGAUCGAUGCAUUGUGUAUUAUUCAAGAUUCUCAUGAAGAUUGGGAGCGUGAGUCUGCAUGCAUGGGCUUAGUUUACUCCAAUGGACUAUGUAACAUUGCUGCCUCGGCAUCUGAUGGACCAGAUGGUGGCUUGUUUCGGAGUAGAAAUGCCGAAAGCAUCCGCCUAGGAUGUGUUCGAGCGAAUCCUCUUCCUGAAACUCGAAGUCAGACAUUUAACAUCAUCGACACUCUUUACACCCACCGGCAGCUACGGUACACACCUUUCUUCAAAAGAGGAUGGGUAUUUCAAGAGAGAAUGCUUGCGCCAAGAGUGAUUUACUUUGCAGAAGAGCAGGUAUUCUGGGAAUGCCACCAAGAACUGAAAUGCGAAGCAUUCCCAACUGGUAUCCCUUUCGCUGGUUCUUUCAAGGCACUACUUCCAGAACGAUUAACCACUUUGUCGGCUUGGUCACGGGGAAAGUGUGUGCCAUGCACCAUGUUCCGACAAUGGAAUCGUGCUGUUCAGGAUUAUUCGGAUAGCCAGUUCACGUUCAUAAGCGACAAACUUCCUGCUUUUAUGGGAAUCGCCAGCUAUUUCGAACCCUUUAUGGAAACAGACUACGCCUUUGGUAUGUGGAAUGUUGGUCUUGAGAGGCAGCUGGGAUUCUCGGUAGAAUACCCGGUCGUGAAACAGAGUAAAGACUAUCGAGCGCCAUCAUGGUCUUGGGCAUCCCUCGAUGGUCCUGUACUAUAUACUUACUUACUCUCCGGAGAAAACCCCAAGACUUUCAUGCAUAUUCAAUUCGAAGAAGACGGGUUUUUGCAGGGCCAACUACAUUUACAAGGAGUCUUAACUCAUGCUACCUACUCUCAUGCAACGUCAAGAAGGAAGUCAAAUGUAGUUUUGGAAGACGGGACAAGCCUCGAUCUAAUACUUUUAAAAGAUCAUUUGGGGGUUGUUUUCAGCAAAGGCACAAAGCUCACGCUUCUAGCGUUUGAGUCUUCACGUGAUCCAUCCCCAUUUUUGGACUGCGUUGUUCUGGAGCCGAUUCUUUGUACCUGGCCUGUAACGAAUUAUAGGCGAAUUGGUUUUGCCCAUGUAUUUCAAAAAGAGGAGUUCAAUUCUGAAUUACUCGAACCAGAGAAAUUUCGCUCACUAGGGGUCACAUUUACGGAUAGUUCGGCUAGUACUGAGGCAUCAAGACUUUCGAGCUUGAUUAUGAUUUAA